UAAUGGCCAUAAUAAUAAUAGUAAUAUAGAAUUCGAUCUUUUACAUGAACUAGAAGGAUUAGAUCUAAGUGGACAAAAUGGACUUGCAACAACAUCUAAGUCAUUAUCUACAGGUUCUAUAGCAUCUGGAUCAGAAAUAUGGUUCGGUAAACUUCUAUAUAACAUGGAAGGUGUAAUGUUUGAAGACGCUCAGCUUCAAGUUGGCAUGAAGUCAGAAUACCAUGGCCAUCUUGGUCGACUUGCUCUUUAUUUUAAAAACAAAACGCAGAUGACCAUCACAUCAUUUACUACAGCAUUAGAACACGUUAAAAAUAUCGUAAUUACUACACCACAACAACCAGCAACUCUCAUACAACCAUCUGGUCAAAUUCAACAACUUUUUCAUUUAGAAUGUCUGGAACUCUUCAUUCAUUUAUGGAAACAAAUUGGUGGGGGACCAAGAGAGAAACAAACUAUUUUACAAUCAAAGGUCCCAAUAAAUCUUCAAGGGUUACGUAUUAUGAUUUCAGGAUUUCGUUAUGGAGUUUUAGAGGGUGUAGAUCCAAAUCCUGAUAAUGUAGUUGGAGCUAGUGUUUUACAUACCGCACAAGGGGGAAUGACUGGUUGUUUGAUGCGAUUAGAACCAAAUGUCGAUGCACAA